GUCCACUAGAUAGUAUAAACCGCUGUAGAAUGUAACUGAUAUAGUUGUUAGCAAAUACUUGCAAAAGCUGAUAAGGCGAAGUGGGCGUAGCACGGUAUAACAGGGGUUAGAUAGAGUCAGACGACACUGCAUAGCAACGGCCUAGCAACGGGGAAGCGAGGAGGUCACAGAUCGGGGACUCAAAAGCCCCACACUACGAUCGAUAUGUGGGACUGUGCCGUAUGAACUGCUGUGCGCGAAACUUUAGCAAAGUGAACGGCGUGUACUCUCCCCUACACUACUAAGGGUAUUCCACUUGUUAACGGGUUAUUUCGUGGAUUUAUUGCUAAAUUGGUGGAAAUUACUGGGACAAUUGUGUCAUAAAGUGCUACUUGUUCUCACUUCAGCCGUGAAUUACUUGGAUAUUUAUGUUGAAGCGAACUUUGUAACUAUUCAACUGCGGGCAUGAGUACACUUUUCGCUGCAUAUGUACUGUACAAUGUAGACAGAUGUAACACCACAUUGGCUUGAGAAACUAACACGCUCCGUCUGGGAAUAUUCAAGAAGAGGGGAGUACCUCAAGAGGAAGGGGACUUUCCCCGGACAGCCAGUUUCCGCGUAAGUAGGACACGCAUGUUACAAAGGUUACCGAAGGGUGAUUAAAUGAGGUUCAGGAACUUGACACUCUUACCGGCCAAUUAUUUUGUUAGAAGUGGAUUUUAUAAUGCCAACCCCAUCUUAGAGGAUAUAUUACCAGAGUGGCCUUAUUAUACCUUUCACGAUCUUUGGAUAAGCGUUUGUUCAAGAAGUGCACGCGAACCCAGUGACUCGACCCAAUAAAGGAUCAUUUAAAUUUUUUUUUGGACGGAUCUAAUUGAGCGAAUUAUAAGCACCGCAGCAUUUAUCAUCUCCAACGCACAUCCCUUCGUGGAAACCUAUAUACAAUUUGGACUAACAACAGGCCUAGAAACUCUCCAAGAACAUCGAUCGUGUUCAAAGAAAGGACUCUGAAUGAAUUGCUGAAAACCACUCGAGAUCUCGCCAAGAACAACAUCGUUAAUACUUCGCGCAAACAGUUAUCCCGUCGAAAUGAUGUUCUUUAUUAACUGUUCUGUAUGAAGAACUCUUGAGAAUCUUCCUAGAAGGUUAUAAAACGGCAAUUUAGGUUGGAAUGAUUUGGAGCCACAGAACUUUCAUUUGUGUUUCUUUGCGUGCGAGGAGUCAUUAGUCGGGACCUGAACGGAAGGAACUCAACGGAUUAAAGUUUUCAUGACCGUUCCAAGUCUGUUGUCAAGUUUAUAGUACAAUGAAGGUAAAUCUUGGAUCUUAAAAGUCACUAUUCCCGAGCUUCAGAAAGUCGUUCAUUCGUCAUCGAUUGGCAUGUGAUACGCUACAUGGCAUUUGACUAACAGUAAGGAUACGUCAUUUUCUGAACGCGGUCGAUCAUUAAUGUUCAAGGUCGAGCAUUGUGAAUCCGAAUGAGUUUUCAACCGCCGCAUCAAUAUUUGUAAACACCUAAACCAGAAAAUCUUUGUCCAAUUUCGCGCCCUAAAUUUAACAAUUGUCAGUGGUUUCGGUUUUUUUGAAAUACGAAGGAUAUGAAAUGCGAGUCAAGUGAGACUAAACUUUGGUCAUCCUCAAUUUUGAGGCCUUUUGAAUGUGUUAGACCACAGUUCACCCUUGUUUUUAUUUCGGAGAAAGUGCUAAGUGUUCUCGCUUUGAGGUGAGUUACAUCAACGUUUAACUAUGGAUUAGCAGAACAGCUUCAUAACAAACAGCGGUCGGAUUUUUCAAUUUGCAUUUCAUUUCGUUAGAGAUCCUUCGGCCUUUGUAAGCCCUUUUCAUCUAAUCAAAAUUCUUCUGUUGUGGUGGAAGGUGCCUUUAUACAGAAGACAAACAGACUUGUUAAACAGUAAUUGUAUUGCGACCACUUGUGACAGAUCGUCGUAACUAUUUGAUUAGGAAGCUUUGUUUGAUCAGUCACCAAACCCUCCAAGGAGACGCUGAUUUUUCGAUCGAAAAGAGAUAAUGAGCUUUAGUCGCAAUGUUGUCCAACUUUUCGACGCACUCGACAAUGAAUUUAGUGGCUCCUCCGAUUCUAGAUCUACAGCUGUAAACAAAAUGACGAGUUACUAGCCUCUACGCUGCCCGUAACAAAACAUUUCAUAGAUAAUUUUGAUUAGAAUAUUUCGUCUGGAAUUUGGAAGUGAACAUGGCGACUUCAACGAAUCAGAGACCUCGUAGCGUAAGCGCUCGGAUGGGGAGGGGGCUCCGAGCCAGUUGGAACACGACAAUGCCGCUCCGAACGGGACAGGUUCAUCCUUCGGAAUCGCGCGGAUACAUCGUCGAUUCGAACUUUAUGAUUCCUCGAGUGCGCGACCUCGAAUCUGAAUUCCAACGCGAGUUGGGAAAAUGCCUCUUCGAAAGGACGGUACAGUUUGCAGAGGAAGGUGCUAUAUCGGGAAGCAUUCCCACUCAAGUUAACGUUAAUAAUAACAACAAUAACUUAAAAUCGAGAUCUUCUAAUCGCUCAGUUUCUGUAGACGAUUUAAGUUCGUUCACCGGAGGCGGUACUGCGAAUCGGGAAUCGAUGCGAUUUUUCGAUAGUAGACGAUAUUUGAACGUGAAGCCGACACGUUGUACGUCUGCGCUUGUGCAACAAAAUGAACGUUUUGAUACGUACUUUGUAAGGGGCAGUCUGAACAAGUAUGCAGUAGCCCAUGCGAUGGGUCCCAUUUCGUCACCGCAUCCACCCAUUGAGAAGGAUGUUCAUCGAAUGCAGGUAGCGAAUAAAGACAGUCUUAGACCUUUCUCCGUCCGAGAGGCUUUCACGGACAAAGAGAAGGAAGAAGCACCUGAUGAGUAUUGGAAGCAGAAAGCGAUUGAGGAGAAGGAACGUUUGGAAGCGGAGGAGGAGGCGAGAAUUGAGGCGGAGGAGCGGGCGAGGGUAGAGGCCAUCGAGAGGGAGAAGCGAGAGCGGGAAGAAGAGAAGGCGAGGUUGAUAGUCGAGGAGCAAGCGAGGAAGGAAGCGGAAGAACUGUUAGCAUUCGCGCGGGCAGAGUCGGAAGCGAUCAAAGCACAACUCACCGAGGUCGAAAAGGCGCGCGAUGAGGCUCUCACCAAACUCGAAACGCUAUCAACGAUGUCGACGACUGGAAAAGGGAAAUCGAAGGGAAAAGGCAAAGGGAAAGGUAAAGGAAAGAAAGGGAAAGGAGGUGGGUCAGAUUCAAUGUCGGAAGUCAGCGGUUCAUCAAAGAAAAAGGCGGGAAAGAAGAUUCUGAAAAAUGGCGAGGCAGACGACAACUCGAGUACUACGGGAGGGAAGAAAGUUAGCUUCAAAGAGAAACUCACAAGCACAAAGACGAUCAGUCCAAGAGAACGAACAAAAUCUCCCAAACGUAGUUCGUCGGGCGGGGGAAAGAAGAAUAAUUUCCCGGGGAGCGCGCGGAGCAAGAGUGGCAGUGCGAAGGUCAAAGGUAAGAAGAAGAAGAAGAAGAAAUCGCCCGAGCCUCCAGCGGAGCCCCUUCCCGAACCCGAGCCGGUGAAGGAGGAGCCCCCACCCGUUGAAGACAUCACGGAGAAACUCCCGAAGAAGCCUAAACCAAUCAUCUUGGACGAACCUCCCAUGUUCUGCUUGGCCACCGAGUACAAAACACGGCAGCAGAUGGUUGAAGAGUGGCUCUACGUCCGUAGUUGUAGCGCAUGUCCAACAUCCAUGCCACUUGCGUGAGUCUUUAGCCUUUUGUCUUUAGUCUGUUGCUCACGAUGCGUCAUAUAAUUGUCUGACGUAGCACUGCGUCAGUGACUAGAGGGUCUUUGACGCAUCACGUGAUUGCAAAAUGAACAGUGCACAGAUUGCGUUUAAUUAUUGACGCAUGGGCUAACUGUCUUCACAGGUUUGAUUGGCGCAGAUAAUAACGCAGUGCAAAGGACGCCAUAGUAGUCGCUAUAGAACUCCAUUUACUUUAUGAAAAUUACCAUUGCCAGUAGAUCAAAAUGUGUGGUACAUGUUUAUGAUAUGUCUAUGAUAUGAGAUAUUAAUGAUUUGAUCAAAACUAAU